AUGGCUGGUUUCUCUGUGCGGGCCUUGAUUUCGCCAUGCGGGCGACAAUAUUUUUCCCGUCAGUUCACACGACGUUACGCUGUUCAAGCGCCCGGAGCGCCCAUACUCGAGAUAUUUAGUGCCCAGCAAAAAUGGAUGCAAAAGGAGCGGGCUGCAAAGGAUGUUGAGACAAGUCGGAAUGUAGAUUAUCUAAGAGACGAGGUUGCUUCACGAUUGUGUGAGCGAGUCUUGGAUAUAAACCGACAUUUCCCAAAAGUUCUUGAUCUCGGCGCAAACGCAUGCAAUCUUUCUCGAGCGUUGACAUUACCAUCCGAAGAAGCACCAGAAAAGGGCCCGCGGUCCAAGCGCAUAGGUACCAUCACAGCCGCUGACUCGUCCCGAUCGCUGCUCUACCGAGAUGCAGACUUGCCCUUCAACAAGGAAAUCGACAUCGUAAGAGAGGUUCUUCCCAUCUCAGAGUUGCUACCUUAUGAGGCCAACACUUUCGAUGCGGUCCUGAGCAAUCUAAGUCUACAUUGGAUCAACGACUUGCCCUCAGUCCUUGCCCAGAUUAACAACGUACUGAAACCCGACUGUCCUUUCAUUGGUGUCAUGAUGGGUGGUGACAGUUUAUAUGAACUCCGAACAUCGCUCCAAUUAGCAGAGCUCGACCGGAGAGGUGGCGUCUCAACACAUACUUCGCCACUGGCAGAUGUAAAGGAUGUCGGUGGCCUGUUGCAAAAAGCCGGCUUCAAUCUCCUUACUGUAGAUGUCGACGACAUUGUUGUCGACUUCCCUGAUACGUUUUCGUUGAUGAAGGAUCUGCAAGCUAUGGGUGAGUCGAAUGCCGUACUGGCGAGAGAGAAGGGCGCCAUACAUCGAGAUGUGCUACUUGCCGCCGAGGGAAUAUACAAGGAGCUCCAUGGAAACGAAGAUGGGACAUUACCUGCUACCUUCAGGCUCAUCUAUAUGAUUGGCUGGAAGCCUAGUCCAAAUCAACAAAAGCCGCUCGAGAGGGGGACAGGUAUGUUUAGUAUCAAGGAUUACUUGGAGAAGAAUGGAGGAUCUGGGGAGGGCAAAAAGUAA